UCGGUGGAUUGGUGCGCAGGCUCUGGACUGGACUAAAACAGCAGCUGCAGCAGCAAUUUCACAUCUGCCGACAUCAUCCGGAGAGACAGACCCAGCAACAUACAACACAACAAUCAAACAGCAGAGCACCAUGGUUUUUCACAAGGAGUUCCAGACGGCCGGGAAGGAGCCAGGUCUGCAGGUGUGGCGCGUGGAGAAGAUGGACCUGCAGCCGGUGCCAAAGCAGCUGUACGGAAACUUCUACACCGGGGACGCCUACGUGCUGCUCUACACCACCGCCGCCCCCUCCUACUAUAUACACAUGUGGAUGGGUAACGAGUGCUCGCAGGAUGAGAGCGGUGCUGCUGCCAUCUUCGCCACCCAGCUGGAUGACUUCUUGGGCGGUGGCCCCGUCCAGUUCCGGGAGGUCCAGAACAACGAGUCCCUCACCUUCCUCGGCUACUUCAAGUCUGGAAUCAAGUACAAGAAAGGUGGGGUGGCGUCUGGCUUCCAGCACGUGGUGACCAACGACAUGAACGUGAAACGCCUGCUGCACAUCAAGGGGCGCCGGGCCAUCAGGGCGGCCGAGGUCAACAUGGCCUGGGCCAGCUUCAACCGCGGGGACUGCUUCAUCAUUGACCUGGGCAAGGAUAUCUUCCAGUGGUGUGGCAGCGAGUGCAACCGCUUCGAGCGUCUGAAGGCCUCUCAGGUGGCAAUUGACAUCCGUGACAACGAGAGGAACGGGCGUGCCAAGCUGCACAUGGUGGAUGAAGGCAUGGAGCCACAGCCCAUCAUUGAUGCCCUGGGGCCCAAGCCCAACAUCCCAGCAGGAACUCCCGAUGAUGAGAACGUGGACAGAGCCAACAAGAAGAAGGGGGUUCUCUACAUGGUCUCUGAUGCUGCAGGCUCCAUGAAAACAUCUCUGGUGGCCCAGGCCAGCCCCUUCAAGAUGGAAAUGCUCGACCCCAGCGAGUGCUACCUACUGGACAACGGUGUCGACAACAAGAUCUUCCUCUGGAAAGGACCAACCGCAAAUACUGCUGAGAGAAAGGCUGCAAUGAAGGCCGCUGAACAGUUUGUCAAAGAGAAGAACUACUCCAAGAACACUCAGAUCCAAGUGAUGCCGGCGGGAGGUGAGACCACCCUGUUCAAGCAGUUCUUCUCCAACUGGAGAGAUAAGGACCAGACCACGGGCCCCAGCCAGGCCUACACCAUCGGCCGCAUCGCCCGAGUGGAGCAGAUCCCCUUCGAUGGCUCCUCCCUCCACGCCAACAAGGCCAUGGCCGCCCAGCACGGCAUGGUGGACGACGGCUCUGGGAAAGUGCAGAUCUGGCGUGUGGAGGGAGGGGAGAAAGUGCCAGUGGACCCAUCUCAAUACGGCCAGUUCUUCGGAGGAGACUGCUACUUGAUCCUCUACUCCUACAGACUGGGAGGCCGGGAGCAGCACAUCAUCUACACCUGGCAAGGACUCAAGUGCACUCAGGAUGAGCUGGCCGCCUCAGCCUUCCUGACUGUUAAACUGGACGACUCUAUGGGUGGAGCUCCUGUUCAGGUGCGUGUCACUCAGGGCCAGGAGCCGGCCCACCUGAUGAGCCUGUUCAAGGGCAAGCCCAUGAUCAUCCACCUGGGCGGCACCUCUCGCAAGGGGGGCCAGAGCCGCGUGGGCAGCACCCGCCUCUUCCACAUCCGCCAGAGCUCCACCCGUGCCACCCGUGCCGUGGAGGUGGAGCCCUCUGCUGCCUGCCUGAACACCAACGACGUGUUUGUGCUGAAGACGCCAGACUCCAUGUUCAUGUGGAGGGGCGUGGGGGCCACCGACGAGGAGAUGGCGGCCGCCAAAUAUGUCACCAGCUUCCUGGGAGGAAGUGCCACCGAGGUGGCGGAGGGCAAAGAGCCUGCUGGGUUCUGGUCUGCCUUGGGUGGGAAGCGUGAGUACCAGAGCUCCCGUUCUCUCCAGAAGACAGUCAAGCCACCACGCCUCUUUGGCUGCUCCAACAAGACCGGACGCCUCAUUGCUGAAGAGGUUCCUGGAGACUUCACUCAGUCGGACCUGGCCACUGAUGAUGUGAUGCUACUGGACACUUGGGAUCAGAUCUUCCUGUGGAUUGGCAAUGAAGCCAAUGAGGUGGAGAGAACUGGAUCAGGCAAAAUUGCCAAAGACUACGUGGACUCAGACCCUGCUGGCCGACACGGUACUCCCAUCGUCACCAUCAAGCAGGGCACAGAACCCCCAACCUUCACUGGCUGGUUCCAGGCAUGGGAUGCCAAGAUGUGGGACACAGACCCCCUGGAGCGCAUCCGGGCUCGCUUUUAAAUCUUUGUUUGAACCCUGAACCCCAAACCCUAACCUGAUCUCUGACCCCUGUCUACCCUGCAUGUCCCCCCCCCAAACUUCUCCUGUCCCCUUUUACCCACUCCUGUUUUUUACCAUCUAGAGGUAGAGAUCUGCAAAACUUAGGCUGCAGCUGGACUUUUAGUUUACAACAUAUUAUACACUUAAAAAAUGUCCCAUUGCUGCAGCAUUGCUUGAAACAUUUCUUCUUACAGCAUACAUUCUCUUGUUUUUAUUUUUUACAUUUUUUAAUGAAAAAAUAUAUUAUUUUUUUAGUUCAACUACUAAGUGCCAAAAUGACAGAUAUGAAGUAUUACAAAGUCUCUUUCUUUUCCAGAUUUGUAUGAAUUGUUCAAGUAUUUUUUGUAAAUGAGAAGUAGUAGAUGACUACGAUAUGUGAGUAAAUGUACUUGAAUGAGAUCUAGCACUCCAAAAUUGACAAUGUGUCACAAUGCCUCAAAAGCCUUCAGUGUAUUCAGGAAAUUACAUCACAGCCCGAGAGGCGCCAAGAUGAUGUGUGGCCAUUUGCUCUUCUGCUCUUCGUGUGCCUUGGCAUUUUGUUUUGAGAAAUGCACCUGAUUUUUUUUUUCUAAAAAAAGAAAGUCAUGUAUCAGUUACUGGUUUGCAAUAAAAACAAACUGCCUUUUGCUCUAAA